UGUCUUCUUGUUUUGGAGCAAUGCUUGUAUCUUACGGUGGAUUUAAAGCUUCAACCACCGCACACGGAUUUGGUAUAUUCUCGUCGUGUUAUUUCUCUCCGGCACGGCAACAAUGGAGUCUUUGUUAGCCAACUAUGCUUCCGACGACGACGAAGAACCCCAACAAAUCACACAUCCUCCUCAGACGAAGAACCCCUCUCUCCCUCCACCCAAAUCUUAUUCCCUUUUCUCCUCUCUUCCCCAGCCUAAUCAACCCCUCAAAUCGUUCCAAAAAGAAGACGGCGGCGGCGGAAAAGUAGCUGGGGAUAUCCCCAAACCCUCAAUUCCUAACCCCAAGAACACAUCCAAGCUUUUCUCUCAUCUCCCACAACCGAAAUCCCAAACCCCUCAACCACAACAGCCGCCCAAUCCCCCAAUUGCCAAGAGAAUUGUUCAAUUCAAGCCUCCCAUAAACCCCACCAGCCACAUUGACUCGGAUGAUGACGAUGAUGCCGAAGAGGAAGAAAGACGAAAGCGCAGAGAAUCCGAAAACCUAUCGCAAGGCCCCUCUGUGAGAUCCUUUCUAUCGAGCAUACCUGCGCCGAGGAACUCUACUACUUUGGGUGUUGCUCCCUCUUCAGGUUCAGGAAGAAGAUCCAUUAUCGAAACCACCCAAGUCCCCACAUGGACUUCAUCCACCUUUGAAGACAAAAGCGAGGCAAGUAUUAAUCAUAAUGCACCCAAUUAUUCGAAUUACGACAUGGAUACAGAUGCAAAUGCUGGAAAUUCUAUGAAUUACGCCAAUUAUCAGUCAAGUAGUGAUCAAAAUUCAGGGAACUAUUCUGAUCAAAGUAUAGGUCAUUAUGUGAAUUAUGCUGAUUAUAGUAGCUAUCAAUCGAAUAGUGACCCAAACGUCGGGAACAGUGAUGUGGCUACUACUUAUGGGAGUUAUGAGAGUUAUGGGAAUUACCAUGCCCAAUAUGAGAAUAAUUGGGCUGAUGGGUCAGCGACUACUAUAUUACCAGAUUCUUCAGGGAUGGCUGAACUUGGGGUGAAAGUUAAGGGAAAGAGAGGGAGGAAUGAUAUACCAACAGAAAUUGUUGAGGUGAAGCAGGAUGAGCUUAUGAAGAAUCGGCCUAGGGAAGACCAGGUCAAGAUGACCGGAAUAGCUUUCGGGCCUUCUUAUCAGCCUGCUUCGUCGAAGGGUAAACCGAAUAAACUUCACAAGAGGAAGCACCAAAUCGGGUCCCUGUACUUUGAUAUGAAGCAAAAGGAAAUGGAGCUGCAAGAGAGGCGAUCUAGAGGUUUGCUUACUAAAGCUGAAACACAAGCCAAGUAUGGAUGGUAAUCUUGUAAUAUGAAGCACGAAACAGUAGAUCAUGUGCUUCUUGUUUCUUUAUUUGCUUGCAUCUGAGACUAGGAAAUGGUUUCCUCUUUGCUCCAAUAUUUUUCUUCAAGCUGCAUUUAUGUUAUACUUUACAGUACCUUUUAGUUUAAUUUGUAUUCUGAACUUAGGUUUUUAUA